AUGUCAUCAGACGCUGAGAUGGCCGUCUUUGGGGAGGCAGCUCCUUACCUCCGAAAGUCAGAAAAGGAGAGAAUCGAGGCUCAGAAUAAGCCUUUUGAUGCAAAGUCAUCGGUCUUUGUGGUGCAUCCUAAGGAAUCAUUUGUCAAAGGGACAAUCCAGAGCAAAGAAUCAGGGAAAGUCACUGUCAAGUCUGAAGGUGGAGAAACCCUGACCGUCAAGGACGAUCAGAUUUUUCCCAUGAACCCUCCCAAGUAUGAUAAAAUCGAGGACAUGGCCAUGAUGACCCACCUCCACGAACCCGCUGUGCUGUACAACCUCAAAGAGCGUUACGCAGCCUGGAUGAUCUAUACCUACUCGGGUCUCUUCUGUGUCACUGUCAACCCCUACAAGUGGCUGCCGGUGUACCACCCGGAGGAGGGGGUGGUCUACCGUCCACACAUCUUCUCCAUCUCUGACAACGCCUAUCAGUUCAUGCUGACUGAUCGCGAGAACCAGUCGAUCCUGAUCACCGGAGAAUCCGGAGCAGGGAAGACUGUGAACACAAAGCGUGUCAUCCAGUACUUUGCAACAAUUGCAGCAAGCGGGGACAAGAAGAAGGAAGAGCAGACGUCAGGCAAAAUGCAGGGAACGCUUGAGGAUCAAAUCAUCAGCGCCAACCCACUGCUGGAGGCCUUUGGAAAUGCCAAGACUGUGAGGAACGACAACUCCUCACGCUUUGGCAAAUUCAUUCGAAUCCACUUUGGGGCCACAGGGAAACUGGCUUCUGCUGACAUUGAAACUUAUCUGCUGGAGAAGUCCAGAGUCACUUUCCAGCUCAAGGCAGAAAGAAGCUACCACAUAUUCUAUCAAAUCAUGUCCAACAAGAAGCCAGAGCUAAUAGACAUGCUCCUUAUCACCACCAACCCAUAUGACUACCAGUUUGUGAGUCAAGGUGAGAUCAGUGUUGCCAGCAUUAAUGACCAGGAGGAACUGAUGGCUACAGAUAGUGCCAUUGACAUCCUGGGCUUCACCGCUGAUGAGAAGACAGCCAUCUACAAGCUGACAGGGGCUGUCAUGCACUAUGGGAAUUUGAAGUUCAAGCAGAAACAGCGUGAGGAGCAGGCAGAGCCAGAUGGCACAGAAGUUGCUGACAAGGCUGCCUAUUUGAUGGGUCUGAACUCAGCUGACCUGCUGAAGGCCCUGUGCUACCCCCGAGUCAAGGUUGGGAAUGAAUAUGUGACCAAGGGUCAAACUGUGCAGCAGGUGAUCAAUUCAGUGGGUGCUCUGGCAAAGGCUGUCUAUGAAAAGAUGUUCUUGUGGAUGGUUGUUCGUAUCAACCAACAACUGGAUACCAAGCAGCCCAGACAGUACUUCAUUGGUGUCCUGGACAUUGCCGGCUUUGAGAUCUUUGAUUUCAACAGCUUGGAGCAGCUGUGCAUUAACUUCACCAAUGAGAAACUGCAGCAGUUCUUCAACCACCACAUGUUCGUGCUGGAGCAGGAGGAGUACAAGAAGGAAGGAAUUGAAUGGACAUUCAUUGACUUUGGGAUGGACCUGGCUGCCUGCAUUGAGCUCAUUGAAAAGCCUAUGGGUAUCUUCUCCAUCCUGGAAGAGGAGUGCAUGUUCCCCAAGGCAACUGACACCUCUUUCAAGAAUAAGCUCUAUGACCAGCAUCUGGGCAAGUCCAACAACUUCCAGAAGCCCAAGCCUGGCAAAGGCAAGGCUGAGGCUCACUUCUCUCUGGUGCACUAUGCUGGCACAGUGGACUACAACAUCACUGGCUGGCUUGAGAAGAACAAAGACCCCCUAAAUGAAACUGUCAUUGGGCUGUAUCAGAAAUCAUCCGUGAAGACACUGGCCUUACUUUUUGCCUCUGCUGGUGGAGAGGCAGAGGCUAGUGGUGGUGGUGGAGGCAAGAAAGGUGGCAAGAAGAAGGGUUCUUCUUUUCAGACUGUCUCAGCUCUUUUCAGGGAGAACCUAAACAAGCUG